AUGACUAGUUGGACACCAAAGGAGCUGGAACAAUGUCUUUCAAUUAAUCUUCUUGAUGAUGUAAGUUGUUGCAAUUAUUUUUUUAGAUUCAAAAAAUAUUUUUUUCAGAUAGUUCCAAAGCUCACGGAAAAAGAGCGAACAAUUUUGGAAGAUUCAAAAAUAUCGGAUAAACCAAUUAUCGAUAAAAUAUUACAAUCAUUGUAUGCGAAAUCACCAAGAAUCGGAGAAUUCUACGACUCAUCGGAUGAUUUCAGAAUAGAUUUCGAAAUAAUACGCGCCACGCCUGAAUUCUACCGCUAUGGUAAAGAUAAACCUGGUGAAAUCGACAAAUCUUUUCACAAAAAUGAUAUGACUAUUAUAUAUACAAGUGAUAAAAGCAAACGAUUUGUCUCGAAAAACGAUCUCGCUAAGAUGUUCUGCAUGUUUGAUGUUGAUACAGAAAUGGAAGUAAUAUCAACACCCGUUUAUCACUUUUGGAUCGACUGUUUUUUAAGCGAAAAAAUUGCUAGAGACUUGGAAAAUUGUUAUGAAUUGGUUGACUAUUCGAUUUGGGAAUUAAUCAAAACCGAAUUAAGGAAUUAUAAAUUUUCAAAAAGUUUUCCUGAAGAGGUUGAUCUAAAUAAAGAGUUUGAAGGACUUCGAAUAUAUUUUGGCGCGCAAGCUGAAAAAUAUGAUGAUUUUAUGAGCAAAAUUCUUAUUCCUUCUAUCAAAGUAAGUUCGUUGUAUUUAAGGGGAGGGUGGGUAAGACGACAAAAUUCAUUUGCUCAAAAGAUCGGGCCCUCUUUGAAUAGUAAAAACCCCAGAGGAUUUUUUCUCGAUAGGCCUAGAAAGGUCCGAAAAAAUUCCAUGAAUUUCUAGAAAAAAUCCCUUGGAGGUUUUACUAGUUUUGGGAAGCCUUUAACUUUGCGACAAAUUUUUUUUGUGGUCUUACCCCCCCUCUAAAUGAAUAUAGUAUAUACAGUAAGAUAUUUCUUCACAAUCAUUUUUAAGAUGUUGAAUUUUAUUACUGAUGUAAGUUCGACCAGAGCAGCGUAUAUGGAAAUUGUGCGAAUUAUCGAAACUACAAUUGCAGUUUAUAAAAAAUUCAUCGAAGUUUUCCAACCAUUUUCCAAAUCCUCAAAAUAUCAGCUGCCAUAUGUUCGAUGUUUUCAAAUUUUCACGGCUUCAACAAAUGUGGAUAAUGAUUAUCUUGUAGCCGAAGUUUCAGCUGCUCUGAAAAUUUUGCGCAAAAAUUUGAACCCUCAAAUUGACUUGGAAUCGGAGGCGGAAAGGAAAUUGGGAAUCGUCCGUUUUAUAAAUGAGAAACAAUUGGAAGAACUCCUAAAAUCUUAUGACAUUUCAAAAAAGGAAUUAACUGUAAGCAAGCAAAAAAAAAAUCUGAAUGAAUCGCAGAAUAGGCCCCAACCCCAAAGUAUGGCCACACCAACAAGUAAAAGUCCCCACCAAGUCCCCACUCAAUGGAAGUGGGAGCUUAAAAUGAGUAUGUGGGAACUUAUUUUUGGAUGGGGAUCUAUAUUUGGGGUGGGACUUAUAUUUGUAUGUGGGGGGCCUAUUUUCAGAUAAUUUUAAUAGAGUUGGGGGCUCUUAUUCCGAUCAUAGGGUAUCUCGCAAAAAGGUCCCCACCACUGUCAUUUUAUGCCCCCACAUGGUAACUCAAUUUUAGAUUUUAGGUCCCCACCAACAAGAUUUCUGACCAUAAAAAGGUGGGGACCUACCCAUAAUAUGUCUAACUAGUGGGGAUCUAUUCUGCGAUUCACCCAAAAAUCUGAUUAGCCCGAAUGAAACAAUUUUUUACAGAUUGUCAAUUGGAGAUACGUGAUAACUUCGCGUAAGGUUCUGGUUCCGGUGAUUUCGUCUUAUGGGACACUUAUCAAGGCAAGUAAUGAAGCACUUAUAGGAGUUUUAUGUUAUUUGAUUCGAAAUAUGCAAUUAUUUCGAAAUAUAAAAGAGGAUGCAUUGAAAGAAGUUGUAGAAUGGUUUAAAAAACAGGUUAAUGCGUUUGUUCAUAAUAUGCUGCAUGCAAUUGAAUUGUGGAAAAUCACCGAAUUAAUCGAAGAAGCAAAACACAACUUUUCGAAGUAUAAGCCAAACUUGGAGAUCUUUCAAGUCCCUCAAAAAAAUGAAUACAAGAAAAAAGAGGUUAAAGAAUAUGUAAGGAAAAUGAUGCGACCUUUUGAAUUGAAUAUCGAUUAUUUUGAAUAUGUAUACUCGCUCGCAGAUAAAAUGACGAGGAAAACGAUUUAUGUGUUGUAUGAGGUGUGUUUGAGAAAGGAAUUCGGACAACUUGUAAAUGAAUCAAACGAAAAAAUGAGCGAGGAAUUUCGAAAACAGUCUGAAGAAUUGAAAAUCUCAUCAGAAAAUAAGAAAGAUAGUAUUGAGAUGGAAUCGGAAGUGGCUGAAUGUGAGAAGCUUUGUCUGAAAUCUGAAAAUGAUUCAGAAUUGGUUGAAGCUUCCAACAGUACUGAAACUGAUAGACUGUCAGAAGAAAAUCAUAUGCUUUGCCUGAAAUAUGAAGAAGAAUUGAAAUUAAAGGAUGCUGAAUUAGAAAAGCUUCGACUGAAAUUUGAAGAAGAUUUGAAACUGAAAGAUUCUGAAAUUGAAAAGAUUCGUUUGAAAUUGAAAGAAGAACUGAACUUGAAAAAUGCUGAGAAUGAGAAGCUUCGCCUGAAAUCUGAAGAAGAAAUUAAUUUGAAAAAUGCUGAAAAUGAAAGGCUUCGUAAGCAAUCUGAAGAAGAAUUGCAAUUGAAAAAUGUUGAGAUUGAAAAUCUUCGUAAGAAAUCUGAAGAAGACAUGAAAUUGAAGGAUUCUGAAAAUAAACGACUUUGUCUGAAACUCGAAGAAGAUCUAAAAUUGGCUGAAAUUUCCAAGAAUACUGAAAUAGAGAGACUUUCAAAAGAAAAUCAUAUGCUCCGCAUGAAAUUCGAGGAAGAUUUGAACUUGAAAAAUGCUGAAAAUGAAAGGCUUCGCGAAAAAUUCAGCAACGCUAUAAAAUUGAGAGAUGCUGAAAAUGAAAAUCUAUCAAAAGAGAAUCAGAAACUCCAUGAGAAAAUGCGAAAUUUCGAGGAGUUCUUCAAAGAAUCAAUCAUCCAAACCAAAAAUCACGAAAAACUCAAAAAUUCGGAACGAGUUUUCAGUCUGGAUUAUGAUGGUUUCACUGAUUCGAUGUAUUCAAAUCUCCACAAAAUCAUGGAAAAACACCCAAAAAAUGGGGAAAUUCAAAAAAUGAAGAGGGAAUUGGAUGGUUUUGAUGACAAAUUCGAUGAUUAUUUGGAAAAUAUUCGAGGAGAGAUUGAGAGAAUUCAGGAUUCUGAAGAAAUUGAGGAAGAAAUUCAGAAACUUGUGGAAAAAUGCAGGAAAUUGAUCGAGGAAUAA